CGGUAAAAUAGUUUUCCUAAUAUUGUACGUAUGGAAGAAUUAACAUCAUUAUUAACUAAUCAAUUGAUUAAUGAAUAUAUUUGUACCUAGCUACUAGCAUUAAUUAUUCUAUUGGAGUUCAUAUAUGCUUAGUUUUAAAUCAUGAUUAGCAUACGACGUUGAAAUUAACCGAACCAGAGUACUGCUUUGAGUUAAACUAACUAGACACAAAAUGAAAAACAAGAGUCAAGUCCCAUGAGCUCUAUAUUUUCAUCGUCAAUUAUUAUGAGUUACGCAUUAAAUGACCAUUAAAAUGAUGAUUUUGGAACAUAAAUCUUGAGAAUUAUCAUUUUAAUUAUUAUGUGUAUUUGUGUUAAUAAUGAUUUACCUUGUUAAUAUGAUCAUAUGUUAGUUUCUAUAUGGAACUUAAAAUUCUAUAAUUUUAUGAUUUGAUUUUACGAUUUCAAUUUUACCCCAGUUUUCAAUUUUAGAUAAAAUCUCAAUUUUGACUGCUUUGCAUACGUGAUCUUGUGAAUAAAGAAAUAAAAAUCAGUUGCUGAUUUAUUUUGCUAUAAUGGUGAAAUUAGUCAUAUUGCAAUUUUAUUUGAAAGAAUCUGUCAAUUUGAUUGGCCUUGCUUGGGGAUAGAGCAGGUGUUUAUUGGGACCGUUGGAUGGGCGCGAGCGUUUCAUCUCGAGACUGGUCUGCCACACCCAACGGUUUCAUCACGCUUCUUUUUAAUCUAAAUAGUUUAGCAAUCUAUUUUUCAAAGGUGUAUGCAUGACAGCAUGGUUAGUGUUUGCAGUUCUGGUUAGUGUUUAUGUUUGCUGGUAGACUGAUUGGAGUAGUUUUCUCAUUAGUUUUGUUUUGCAGCAUGGGAAAGAGAAAGCAACGUAAUGAGGAUAUGGAUGGUGCUUGCUAUAAGAAUAUACAUACUGGAAAGUGGAACAAGACAAGCCGUUUGCUGAUUGUAUUCUGGAGCUACUAGAGAAGGGGCAGAUCUUUGAUGGCAACUACAAGAAUGGGGCUUAUAAGCAGUUAGAGAAACUGUUGCAGGAAAGAGUGUUUCGAUGCAGGGUCAAAGCAUAUCCUAACAUUGAAGGCAGGUUCAAAUAAACUGAAGAAGAGAUGGUAUGCAAUAACAUUCAUGAGGAAAACAAAGUGGUUGGGGAUGGAACGAGGUCAAUAAAUGCAUUGUAUGUCGUGAGGGAUCUUGGGAUGAGUUUGAGAAGGUAAAUUACAACAUGAUCUUCAUUCUGCUUUGUUGUUUUUCAAUAAAAAGAAUGUAUGUUAAGGAUAGUAGGUUAGAUAUUUUCAUUUCUAUUUCUAUUUUUGUCUUAUAGAAGCACAAAAGCUGCAGAGGGUUGAACAAGAAAAGAUUUCCCAUCUACGAUGACUUAGCACCAGCUUUUUGCAAAGGGCGUGCAAGUGGUGAGCACGGGGUCGACUCCAAUGUUCUUGAAGCUACCGAUUUAGAGGAUGAUGAAACUGCGCAUGUCGAAAAUGACGAAGUGGAUGUGUUGAUGGAGGAAAUACAAGCAGAAAUGGCAUCACAGAAUAAUCAAUCUGCCAGUGUUAAUGCCUCAACCGAUUGUGAUACAAUUAAGAAGAGAAAGAAAGGUCAGACAGUCGAUGAGCACCUCGCCAAAUCCUUUGGGGAAAUGAGAGAACUUCGACCACUGAUUAAGCAAUCAGUUGACAGUAUUGCAAGAGCACUCGAGGGAGCAAUCAUCUCAUUAGCAAGAGAUCGAAUAUGCUUAGGAAGCUGGAAGAACUUAGAGGCCUCACAAUAAUUGAUAUCAUUACUGCAUUGCAGAAGCUCUCUAACAACGAUAGGGACCUGGUGACAUUCUAUUUGUUGGAGGCUAAUGAAAAUAAGAUGGAUUUUGUUAGGAAAUUGCUUGGAUGAAGGCGAAUGUUUAGGAUGAGCUGGAAUUAUCUAUAUUAAUAUGCUUAUGAAUCAAACUUUGAAGGUUAUUCUUCAUGGUUGUAAUCUCAGCUUGUGUGUUGAGCUUUUUUGGGGAUAUAUGUUUCUCUAGGAAGUAGCAAGACAUGUAUUCUGAGUUUGAUAUUAUGCCAAUGUUUGUUAAUUUUACAGCUUAUCCAUUAAGAUGUGUUAUCUAGCUCAAGAACAAUUGAGUGAGGUAUCAUUUUACCUCUGACCAUGCCAAUAGGAUGUGUUAUCUAGCUCAGGAACUGUAAGCAACAUAUAAGUUUUAAUGUUGGUACCACAGAUGGAAUGAUUAAGGGAAGUUUUUGGUUUUUUUUCUGUUCACAUCUUAUCCAAGAGUGGACUUACUUGCCGGUACCACAGAUGGAAUGUUAGGCAUUUGCUUUAAUGCUUCGAAUCAAUCCUCCAGUGUUGUCGACUCCAUCGUAAAGAUGCAUGCCACCACAACGAUUGCGGAUAUUAGUAAACACAAGUUUAAUUG